CUUUAUUCGAAGUUCGAUGCAAAUAUCGACUUUGAAAUAAGCUCGAUGUGGUAAGUUUGAUGCUCCUCUGAGAAAGAAAAAAAGAUCAUGACUACAAAUAAAGCGAAUUCAAAAAACAAAUUCAAGAUGAGAUCGUCUCCAGUGUUUCGUUGUCUUCUUUCUGUUUCGCUCGUCCUUCAAACCAGUCUUCACCUUCUUUCCGAGCAAGGCCAGGUUUUUGUCCACGCGACAUCCGAUGACGAGGCAAUCACAUCGACUCCGUCUCGGCCCAAAACCGGCCGUAUCUGGCGGUCCGGUUCCGGCCUGAAACGCUCUUCCAACUCGGAGGAUGGAGUUUUGUCGGCCGCUUCUGGAACAAGCGCGGGGAGCGGCGCUGGGAGCAGUGGCGACGUUGCGAUGGAGGACCAACAGGAGAAAACGCGAAGCUAUCGCCCCAACGGUCCGGUGGUGUUUCCGAGUGGAAGAAAGCCGCUGGCGUUUCGGGGUACAGUUGCUUUUCGUAGAUAGAAGAUCCAACCGCGCCUGGCACGACCUUGUUGAUGUGCGGUGUAUCCCCUGUAUGAUGCAUUUACAUCAUGAUCAAUUUUUCAAAACACACGGAAAAUUUCUGCUGCUUGCAAAUGCAAGACUAAUAUCGAAUCUCAGAUACGCAGAGCGGUGAGGGAAUCUCGAAUCGUGUUCAGUCGUCUACUUCUACCUCUGUCGCGCGGCGGCAGUCAGCGUUUCAGAGAUUUACAAAUUCCCACAAGCUUGCGCAACGUGCUGAGCACAUGCAAGGAGGUACUAUCGACGACUUGUCAAGAACUACAUGCGUUCUAUUUACUCGUACACACGACCCCUCACAUAGGUUUGCUAACUCGGGCGGCCGCGUUUCAUCACGCUAAAAGUACAAGCUGCAAGGAUGAGC